AUGUAUCCCCUGACUCUCUUGAGAAUAUCAAGAAACAAAAUAGUAGAGCUGGAGCUGAAGAACAACGAUCAUUUGAGAGGGCUCCUUUACAAAUGCGAUAUGGCAAUGAAUCUCCAUCUCAAAAGUGUUACCAUCCAGAAGGAAGACGGGAGUUCUAUCUUCAUUAAUGAGUGCUAUCUAAAAGGAACAUCCAUUAAGCUUGUGAAGCUGGAAUCGAAGAUUCUCUUGGAACAAAGAGAAGAGAGUGUGUCUAGUAAUAAAAUAUGA